UGAAAACCAAAGUAUGUUUAGUUAUAUUAAAGCUCGAAGAGCUUAAAUCCAAGCUUCCAGCCAACCCGCUUAUCACCUACCCUCCACAUCCAGUUUAAUUAAUGCUUAUUAUAAUGCCAAAAUGUGUCUCCCAUCAAUAUGUUACCAACUUUAUUCGUAGUAAACAGAGCACUAGUAUUCUAUUCUCAAAUUAUAAAGGUUUAUAACGUCACGUAAUAUAACUUUAUCAGAAAUCUUAUCAGUGCGAACAGCUGUAUCUCACUAGAAGUACGCGUAAAUCCAGCGUGCAGUUUACAUGUGAAUUCCGUUCGGAGUAACAUUGAUUUUUCGUACAAAUGGGUGCCACCAAGAAAUAUUUUAAAAGACAGUUCAAAACGCAAAUGUUCAAGUUAGACUAUGAAGAUGCGUCUGAUUUUUAUCUGGGUUGUUACCAAAAAAAUCGAUCAUGUGUGCCGCUGUUAGUUAUGAGAGCUCUCCUGUUUUUUGGCUCUGUGGCUAUCGUGGUAGCAUCUCUAGUGCUAACUAUACAGGCUGGAAAGGGCGCCUAUUGGCCUAUAUAUUUGACACACUGGGGACUAGUAAUGAUGAUGGUCUCUACUGGUUUUGGAUUUGCAAUCUCUGUAGUUACCUUUCUCAAGGGACCAAUUGAUGGUACUUUUGGAUUGCCCUGGUAUAUGAAAGCAUACUGGGUGCUAUACAACAUUGCGUUACCAUUGGCCCUGUUUAUUACCGUAUUCUACUGGGCAUUUUUGGCUGGACUAGCAGACAGUGAAGAAGCAGCGGAAUUAGAACUAGCGGUGAACAAGGUUCUAGACAUAUUCAUCCAUGCCGUAAACAGUGUGGUGAUGGUUUUACUGUUGCUCACUGCGAGACAGCCUGUGUUCAUACUCCACUUCUAUCAAGUCUUCGGCUUUGCACUGGUCUACAUGAUCUUCAGCCUUAUCUAUUAUGCCGCUGGUGGCACUGACCAAUUUGGUUUUCCAUACAUCUACCCCGUGCUCGACUGGAACCAGCCUGGCAUAGCCACACUGGCGGUUGUGUUCUCCGCUAUCCUGAUUAUCAUCAUCCACUUCCUCGUAGCUCUCCUAGUGCUAGCGAGGGACGCUGUUGGCAAAUGCUAUCGGAAAGACAAUGGAUUUAGUUUAACCAGCUAAUCUCUGAAUGUCGAAUACAUUAGUGUUAGUAUUAUUCUGAGAGUAUGGUGGAUGUAGUGCAUUCAUCUAAGUUUAAUUGAUAAAGUAAUAUAUUUACAUAAACAGUGACAAUAAAGUGUUAGACAAUUAAGAACACACAUCAUAAACAGUAUGAUAUUGGCUGAUGUUGGCAGUAAAAUUAUUUUGAAGCGCCUACUACUCUCUACUCCCUUAUUUGUUGUUACACAUUUUUUUGGACUAAGUUUUUCACUCAUAAACAAUUCUGUACAUUCUUUAUAUAUUGUGUAGAGAAUCUGUCUUGUAAAUAAUGUACUAAUUAAAAUAUAUUUUUGUACUAAUUUUAUAAAUAAA